GAUACCAUCACCGCCACUUGGUGGCGAAAGUCGACUGCUUGUCGUUCUUCUAUGCGCGUGAGCGCACGUAAUGCUCGAGAGCGCACGCGCUCUGUGCUGGCUGGGAACAUCAGCCACGCGUUGCGCGCGUGCGCGGGAUUAAUUCAUCGGGAGCGCGGAGACGAUUCACCGCCGCUGUCCGCUGUCUCGACCGCGUCGUCAUCUCCGUCUGCCCGUCCGUCUGCCCGUCCGAGGGAGGGCCGGUAGUUGGGCGGGGGCGGGGGGAAGAGAGGCCGCUUGGAGCGAGAGUCCCCGCUGCGAGAGCCUGCAGGGAUCCGGGGCCCCGGGCCAUCCAGGGCGUGAGAAGGCGGAGGAGGAGGAGAGGAGCGAGGUGGCGGACAGAGCAGAGGGCUCAGCGAAGACGCGACCGUCAGUAGCCCCCUCGGGCCCCCUCGUGGCCCCGCGGGGUCCCCACGGGGUCAUGUGGGGGUGGCUGAGACCCUUGACGGGAGGCAGCGAGGCCGCGGGGGGCUCUUCGUGGCGUUCCGCCCAGCGGGACCACGGUGAGGCCGUGGCCGAGCUGCUCAUGCUGGAGCUGAGCGGGGCCGUGCGGGACGCUGAGCGCACGACGCGGGCGCGGGAAGCCGAGUUCCGACGCCUGCGCUCCGGAGUGGACUACAGCUGGCUCGCCAGCCCCCCGCGGCCCCCAAACAUGGAGCUGCCCCCCGCGGAGCGCAUGGCCCUGGAGGCGCUGUGCGCCCAAGUGCGGCCCGCGGACUGCGGCCCAACCAUCCUCAGGUUCCGCCAGACCGUGUGCGAGUUCGAGGCCGAGCCGGCCGAGGUGGUGGGGCUCUUCCGCAACGUGGUGCGCGAGGUCGUGGACCGGGCCCGCAGCGAGGAGGCCCUGCGCCGUCUCUCCAAACAGUGGGGGCCCUCACGGCGUGGCCGCCCCCUCGCCUGGGCCUCCGCGCUGCUGCUGCCCCGGUCCCCGGCCCGCAUCCACCCGAGCGACGCCGCCACCGCUGACUCCAUCAUCCGCUCCAUCUCGGAAGACGUGGAACGCGGCGGGGGCGCGGCGCGCGUCCCCUGCGCUGCGGAGCGCGGAGGGGACCCGUUGCACGAGCCGCCCCCUAAGCGCGCGUUCAGCAUGCCCGAGCUGCAGCGCGGUGCGGCGCACAGCUGAGCCGGAAAUCACGGGGACCACGGUGGAGGUUCGAUUCCCGCACCAGGAGCCCCCGAAAUCUCGCGCAGCGUCUUUAACGCGGAUCUUAAAGACGCGGCGACGUCAUUGGCAAGCGUAGACCGCGGUGUGCCGAUGUCGUAGCUUCGUUAUCACCGCUGCCGCUGUGAGCCCCGAACGCGGUGAUCGCUAAUUGGUCAUUAGCGACACCGGGACGCAACCGGCGCCACUUGUGGCUGCGUCACUGAUUCUAGAUUUGAAGCUUUCGUGACUGCAAUGAUUCAUAUUCUUGGGUUUUUUUGGUAAAGUCACGUAGGUAAAAAAUUUACUAAAAUUAAUAAAAGUAAAAUAAAAAUCACGACGUUUCGGAGGCAACACAAGCUUCCGUCUUCAGGUGGAACCGUCACAGCACGAUAGCUGUAUCAAGUAAGAGAAAUUCCAAGAAAACAGUCCUUGUAUAUAUACUGGUUGAGGGUGGGAGGAGCCAAGGUAGGCCCUGAAUAUUAUUUUUGUGAGGUUCGGUGCGGCUGAAGCACGCUGCGUCACUGGUUCCCGUUAAGAAACAGAAUUAUUCAAGGACUCGGUUCCAAUCAACAUUUGCCGCGCACGAGUUGCGCGGCCACUCGUGGCGUCGUUUGCUGUGAUAAUAGCGCCUUGGUUUGUUUUUUAGCAGCAGCGUCAUUCUGAGUGUAAGGACGAAUGGGGUCAAUCCGUCGCACUCCCAUGUACGGCGUUCUGGCCAGUGCAGUCAUUUACAAACAUUAUGGUCGCGAACGUUUUCAAUCCCUGUGUUAGGGUCGCUCCGUUAGUGAUUUUGUUAGCAGGUUAAUUAAAAUAAGUUGUGUACUGUCACUGAACAAGGCCAGUCGGCCAAAAUGUCAAGAUCUCAGCGACAGUAAACGUCUUGUUAUUAUUUUGGGUAAGGUGAUAGUUUACGUGUCUUCUGUUGGCCAGAAAUAUUUUUUGUGGACGGAUGUACCGUACAUCGAUGUAUCUCUCCUGUUCGCAAUCGCAUUCAAAUGUGCUCGAGUGCAAACACGGUUCCGUAUUCGCAUUGAACAAGGAAGACUAAUCACGCACAUGCAUGGAUUCUGCAAGGCUUCCCGACACGCGUUUGUAUUUAAUUAGCAGUAUGGAAGACGAGGAGCAGCGGUGAGAACAAAACACGUUUGCAUACGGUAUUUGCAAAGCGUCAUUUUUGCUGUAGAGUACACGUCGUUUUCUUGUCUCCAAGCUUUGAUCAGCUCUUUGAUCGAUGUGGCCGCGGUUUCAAUCGGACCGAGUUCAUAAUACUUCUAUUCUAACCCCGCUGUCAUAUUGGAUCAUGCUCACAAAAAUGAUAGUUGCCUCUCCCACUGCCUCCUCUCGUCGCGGACGUAAAGAGCAAAUCAACAAACCAUCUGAACUCCAUUUGGAAUGCGUUCGUGAAAGGAAUUGGAGUGCGGCAGUGUGCGUGGUUUUCGGAGACGCCUUCCUAGCCGCUGUGGGGGUCCCACUUGUGGUGUAGUACAAAUGUCCAAACCAUUACAAGCGUGCUCUGCUUUGUCAGCAGACUUAAUGCGAGGGCUCCGUCUCCACACGGGGCCCUCUAGAGAUGGUGUCGAUGAGACCUGUGUAUUAUUAUUUUAGCGUUGGUUUGUGAACGUUUGCAUAGCUGCGUAAGGUUCUGCUGAAUAAAAUUAUAUUUCAUAGUUUGUAAAAGCAAGGCACAAGUGUGCGUGCGAUAUUCAUUUGUCUUCACGAGAAUUUGUAUUUGUGCAACAGCAAAAUCAUUCUCACUACAACUUGCUCCUCGUGGUACUUAGGCCACCACCCGGUUCCCUAUGAUCUUCACGUGAUAAUAUGUCAAUCGGUCGGUGAUUAUUCAAACAAACACGCUCCUAUCGAAGACGAGAAUUAUUGCGGCUUGGUCCCACGAUUUGAGGACGGAAUGUAUUUGCCAGAGAAGGCGGUUCCAGGCAGCGCGUCAUAUCGCCUUUUGUGAGUGACAUUGACCUGGACCGAGAACGCUGACAAAGGAAAUGGAACACCCAACGAAGACUGCACGAGCGUGGAGCGAGACGUGUACGUUAGCAAUACUGUGAGAGAUGGAACGAGUAACACGUGGAAUAGAAAGCACACACAAAUCAGAAACAGUAACUGUUUUAAAAAAAGUAUGUGGGCUUGAGCAGGACAAGUCGCGACUGAUGGGGAUGGAGGUUGAUGGUCGAGACUGGUGACGAAAUGAGGAUAGCCCCCAAGGAGAUGGAGCGACGAGAUCAGUUGAUACUCUUUGGUUCUUUCGGUAAAGUCACGUAGAUGAAAAAUAAAUAAAUGAAAGUAACUCAAUUCAUUCUUCAAAUCUAGAAUUAACCACCCUUACGAGGAGGAAUUUCACUCAUCUGUUAGAGCUUUUAAUAGACCAUGGGACAAGAAGUCACAGCUAAUCGAGUCUCUCUAUUCACUACAGUAAUUUUGCUGUGGCUGUUCCACCUAAUGACGGAAGCUUGUGUUGCCUUCGAAACGUCGUGAUUUAAUUUCGUUAUUUUCAUUUUAUAAUUUUAAUUUUUCAACUACUUGAUUUUACCGAAAGAACCAAAGAGUAUGGAUCCUUGCAGUCACGAAAACUUCAAAUCUAGAGAUCAGUUGAUGUGCAGAGGUGAGACGGAGCGUGUUAUCACGGGACCGUGAGCGAUUGGCAUGACAUGGUGGAGUCCUCAUCCAGCAGUGGAUAGAAAAGAGCCGACGGUUGUAUCGUGCGCGAUAACUGCACACACAUGAUGUAUACAUGGGGUGAGAUAGGUGUACACACACGGUGUAUGUAUGUGGAGAAGGGGGGGGGGGUGCUGAGGUCAAUCCUCGCCGGUCCCAUGCAACGGUUGCCAGGCAGCCGUGGGCGUUCAUGCGCAGUCGCCACGUGCUGAUGGCGGCGAUAAUGGUGACGAGAUGAUUGUACGCUUCGUAAUGAAAUUGAUCAGUGGUUCUCAAUCUUUGUUGGCGACUCUACCCCUUGUUAAAUGUAAUGUCAACAAAACGGUUCUGAGAAAUAAAUGUAUGAAUAAUGAACAUCAAUGUUUUAACCAAAUUGACCAUUUUGGGAGUUAUCCUAACUAGAAGGGAAAUCAAAUCUAGAGAAUAAUAAAAAUAAAACAUAAUAAAAUAAUUCUCACGACGUUUCGGCCACAACGCAAGCAGCCGUCCUCACGUGACUUUACCGAAAGAACCAAGAAGAUGAAUCCCUGCAGUCACGAAAGCUUUAAAUCGAAAUGUAUCCUAACUAGCUAGUAACUGCAAGCGAAUAAAACAAAAUUCAACCGACGCUCUGCAUGCGUAACCUAAUUUGUUCUCGCUAGCUGGUUCCUCUUGGGAACCACAUUGUUUAGGUUAAAAUAGUUUAGAAAUGUAUUUUAUAUCGAUCUAGGUUACCAUAUGGAUUUAAAUCGAAUCGUAGUUAUUUUAUAUUGGCAGAUUCAUACGUGAUUAUUAUUCACCAAUUACUUAUGUUGAGAACCACUGAUAUAGAUGAUGUUUGUGGGGAUGGGAUUAUGGUGAUGAUGGUGGUGGUGAUAACGCGAGUGGUCACGGUGAUGUUUUUAACGAGGUGAUUGGUGAUGCUGGUGAUGACCCGGCAAGAGGUUCAAUGUGCAUCUUGAUUUGAAGCUUUCGUGACCGCAGGGAUCCAUACUCUUUGGUUCUUUCGGUGCUUCCCCACCUGAUGACGGACGCUUGUGUUGCGCCCGAAACGUCGUGAUUGAUUUUAUUUUGUACCUACGUGACUUUACCGAAAGAUUCUAGAUUUGAAGCUUUCGUGACUGCAAGGAUUCAUAUUCUUAGGUUUUUUCGGUAAAGUCACGUAGGUAAAAAAUUAAAAGUAAAAAAUAUAUUUUUUUAUUUUACUUUUAUUAAUUUUAAUUUUUUACCUACGUCACUUUACCGAAAAACCUAAGAAUAUUUACCGGAAGAACCAAAGGGUUCAAUGUGCAUCACGCGACCGGCUCCCGUCUCCUUUCGCGUGCUCAACACUUGAGGCCCUGGCGCCCCCCAGUGGCGGAUUGUGACAAGACGCUAUUAUUAUGUUUUGACUUAACUUUCGUGACUGUGGGAAUUCAUAUUCUUUGGUUCUUUCUGUAAAGUCACGGAGAUAGAAAAAUAAUAAUACAAAUAAAGUGACUAAAUAAUAAAAAAUAAUUUAAAAUAUCACUAACGUAUAUUGUCGCUUGGUUCUUAAUCUGAGUGAGUGUCCUGACAGUCUAUAAUGUAGACUGUAGCCUGGUUAUUAAGUUUGGUGAGUGUACUGGCAGUCUAUAAUGUAGACUGUAGCUUGGUGCUUAACCUCGAUGAGUGUACUGGCAGUCUAUAAUGUAGACUGUAGCCUGGUUUUUAAGCUUGGUGAGCGUAUU